AUGACCGCAGACCGCAAUCUCAGCGUCGCCUCCCAGGGAGGACACCGCAAAUCGGUGGCAGAAGAGCCCGUGACCUCUGUGCUCCCGGGCGGCGAGGUCCCUAUAUUUGAUCGAGAGUUGACUGCCGAUGAAGAGGUUCUUGCGGCGCUUGGUUACGUCCCAGAAUUCAAACGUGAAUUCUCAUUAUGGACGUCGUUUUGUGUUUCUUUUGCCGUUCUCGGCUUGCUUCCAUCAUUCGCUUCCACUCUCUACUAUGGUAUGGGCUAUGCUGGAACGCCUGGUAUGGUCUGGGGUUGGUUGAUUGCCAUGGCCUUCAUCCAAUGUGUCGCCAUGGGCAUGGCUGAGUUGUGCUCGUCUAUGCCCACGUCGGGUGGUCUGUAUUACGCUGCCGCCGUACUGGCACCUCCAGGAUAUGGGCCCCUCGCUGCCUGGAUAACUGGUUGGUCGAAUUGGCUGGUCCAAGUCACAGGCGCCCCUUCCGUCGACUAUGCAUUGGCUUCGAUGAUCCUUGCCGCUGGAUCCAUCACCAACCCAGGCUACGUCCCUCAGAACUAUCAAGUGUUCCUUCUGACCACUUUGAUCAUGAUCCUCCAUGCGUGCAUCUCAUCCAUGCCCACCCGCUGGAUCGCGACGUUCAAUUCGUACGGGAGUACAUUCAAUAUUAUUGCCUUGGUCAUCACCAUCAUCACGAUUCCGGCGGCCACCAACCGCGAGUCGCAGGGACUGCCUCGUUUCACCAAGAGCAGCACCGUCUGGGGACACUUCUAUGAGGGGACGGAUUUCCCCAAUGGUGUGGCUCUGCUCAUGUCUUUCAUCGCCGUCAUCUGGACCAUGUCCGGAUAUGAUGCCCCCUUCCACCUGGCUGAGGAGUGCAGCAACGCAAACAUUGCCAGCCCUCGGGCCAUCGUCCUGACCUCUGGCAUUGGUGGUAUCAUGGGUUGGUUCUUGCAAUUGGUCGUGGCUUAUACCGUGAUCAACAUCGACGACGUCCUCGACUCGGAUAUCGGCCAGCCUUGGGCAUCCUACCUCAUGCAGAUCCUGCCUCGGAACACGGCGUUGGCUCUGCUCUCCAUGACCAUCGUCUGCGGCUUCUCUAUGGGACAGGGCUGUAUGAUUGCUGCAUCACGAGUCACCUUUGCUUACGCCCGUGAUAACUGCUUCCCCUUCUCCAAUCUCUGGAAGCAAGUCAACCCGAUUACCAAGACCCCGGUCAACGCCGUCUGGUUGAAUUGCGCCGUGGGAAUUCUUCUGACCCUGCUUCUCUUCGGCGGUGAGGCAUCCAUUGGAGCCAUUUUCAGCGUCGGCGCCAUUGCAGCGUUCGUGGCCUUCACCAUUCCCAUCACCAUCCGAACGUUCUUCGUCGGCAACCGAUUCCGUCGCGGACCGUGGCACCUUGGAAAGUUCUCGUUCCCUAUCGGUGUGGCAUCGACCUGCUUCACCUUGCUGAUGAUCCCCAUUCUCUGCCUGCCCAGCGUCACCGGCUCGGAUCUGGAUGCUUCACUUAUGAACUGGACCUGCUUGGUGUGGGGUGGGCCGAUGCUGCUGGUUCUGAUCUGGUGGGUGGUGGACGCCCACAAAUGGUUCACUGGACCGAAGGUGAACAUCCAACAUAUGAUGCUGGGGCAAGAUCAGAACGUUAUCGAUGGCAAGGAGGGCUCCGACUCGGGUAGCGGCAUUUCGCCUGCGCCCACCUCAGAUAUCGACAAGGCCGUGUUGAACAAAGUGUGA